AUGAACUCAGGAAGUCAUACUCACACCUCACCAGUUCACAUCACCCCACCAUGGAACACAUCACCUGGUAACGACAUAGGAGUUGAGGGAGAAGUGCGCCUGGCCAAUGGAGGAAACAGCUCCUGUUCUGGCAGAGUGGAGAUCUUCCACUCUGGACAGUGGGGGACAGUGUGUGAUGAUCUCUGGGACCUGCUCGAUGCUGAGGUGGUGUGCCGACAGCUGGGCUGUGGCAGAGUCCUCUCAGCACCAACACAGGCACGCUUUGGACAAGGCAGCGGACCCAUCUGGUAUGAUGAUGUUACAUGCACAGGCAGUGAAACGAAGCUGUCUGAAUGUCGGCACCAAGGGAUUGGAUCUCACGACUGUGGCCACGAUGAAGAUGCUGGAGUUGUCUGUGAAGCUGCUUCGCCAAUGAGACUUGCCAACUCUGGAAACCGCUGCUCAGGCAGAGUGGAGAUCUUCCAUGCUGGACAGUGGGGGACAGUGUGUGAUGAUCACUGGGACCUGGACAAUGCCAAUGUGGUGUGCAGACAGCUGGACUGUGGAACAGCGCAAUUGGCUUUAUCGAGUGCAGCCUUUGGACCUGGCAGAGGACCUAUCUGGUUAGACGAGGUCUAUUGUUAUGGAAAUGAGCCAUCUAUAUCAGACUGCAGGCAUUCAGAGUUUGGAGUCCACGACUGUGUUCACCAUGAAGAUGCCAGUGUGGUAUGUGAAGGUGCGCCUGGUAGCCACAGCACAGCAAGUCCGACAUUUCCACCUGUGUUCAGCACAGACAUUCCAAUCGUCUCCACAACAUCUUUACCAACCCCACGUCCACCUGGUAAUGACACAGGAGUUGAGGGAGAAGUGCGUCUGGCCAAUGGGGGAAACAGCUCCUGCUCUGGCAGAGUGGAGAUCUUCCACUUUGGACAGUGGGGGACGGUGUGUGAUGAUCUCUGGGACCUGCUCGAUGCUGAGGUGGUGUGCCGACAGCUUGGCUGUGGCAGAGUCCUCUCAGCCCCAACACAGGCACGCUUUGGACAAGGCAGCGGACCCAUCUGGUAUGAUGAUGUUACAUGCACAGGCAGUGAAACAAAGCUGUCUGAAUGUCAGCACCAAGGGAUUGGAUCUCACGACUGUGGCCACAGUGAGGAUGCUGGUGUCGUCUGUGAAGCUGCUUCGCCAGUGAGACUUGCCAACUCUGGAAACCGCUGCUCAGGCAGAGUGGAGAUCUUCCAUGCUGGACAGUGGGGGACAGUGUGUGAUGAUCACUGGGACCUGGACAAUGCCGAUGUGGUGUGCAGACAGCUGGACUGCGGACCGGCCCAAUCAGCUUUAUCUCAUGCAGCCUUCGGACCUGGCAGUGGACCCAUCUGGUUGGAUGAUGUCUAUUGUUCUGGAAAUGAGCCAUCUAUAUCAGACUGCAAACAUUUAGGGUUUGGAGUCCACAACUGUGGUCACCAUGAAGAUGCCAGUGUUAUUUGUGAAGGUCUACCAGGUAGCAACAGCACAGCAUGGCCGCCUUUUCCACCCGUGAACAGCACAAAUAUUCCAACAGUCUCCACAGCAACUUUGCCAACCCUUCGACCGCCUCUCAAUAUAACCACACCACCUGGUAACAACACAGGAGUUGAGGGAGAAGUGCGCCUGGCCAAUGGGGGAAACAGCUCCUGUUCUGGCAGAGUGGAGAUCUUCCACUUUGGACAGUGGGGGACAGUGUGUGAUGAUCUCUGGGACCUGCUCGAUGCUGAGGUGGUGUGUAGACAGCUGGGCUGUGGCAGAGUCCUCUCAGCACCAACACAGGCACGCUUUGGACAAGGAAGUGGACCUAUCUGGUAUGAUAAUGUCAUGUGCACAGGCAGUGAAACAAAGCUGUCUGAAUGCCGGCACCAAGGGAUUGGAUCUCACGACUGUGGCCACAUGGAGGAUGCUGGGGUUGUCUGUGAAGUGUGUUUUUGCCCACCCUCUCAUCUGGCUGUCUUUCUCUUCCUGUCAGCUGCUUCACCAGUGAGACUUGUCAACUCUGGAAACCGCUGCUCAGGCAGAGUGGAGAUCUUCCAUGCUGGACAGUGGGGGACAGUGUGUGAUGAUCACUGGGACCUGGACAAUGCCAAUGUGGUGUGCAGACAGCUGGACUGUGGAACAGCGCAAUUGGCUUUAUCGAGUGCAGCCUUUGGACCUGGCAGAGGACCUAUCUGGUUAGACGAGGUCUAUUGUUAUGGAAAUGAGCCAUCUAUAUCAGACUGCAGGCAUUCAGAGUUUGGAGUCCACGACUGUGUUCACCAUGAAGAUGCCAGUGUGGUAUGUGAAGGUGCGCCAGGUAGCCACAGCACAGCAAGUCCGACAUUUCCACCUGUGUUCAGCACAGACAUUCCAAUCGUCUCCACAACAUCUUUACCAACCCCACGUCCACCUGGUAAUGACACAGGAGUUGAGGGAGAAGUGCGUCUGGCCAAUGGGGGAAACAGCUCCUGCUCUGGCAGAGUGGAGAUCUUCCACUUUGGACAGUGGGGGACGGUGUGUGAUGAUCUCUGGGACCUGCUCGAUGCUGAGGUGGUGUGCCGACAGCUGGGCUGUGGCAGAGUCCUCUCAGCCCCAACACAGGCACGCUUUGGACAAGGCAGCGGACCCAUCUGGUAUGAUGAUGUUACAUGCACAGGCAGUGAAACAAAGCUGUCUGAAUGUCAGCACCAAGGGAUUGGAUCUCACGACUGUGGCCACAGUGAGGAUGCUGGUGUCGUCUGUGAAGCUGCUUCGCCAGUGAGACUUGCCAACUCUGGAAACCGCUGCUCAGGCAGAGUGGAGAUCUUCCAUGCUGGACAGUGGGCAGUGUGUGAUGAUCACUGGGACCUGGACAAUGCCGAUGUGGUGUGCAGACAGCUGGACUGCGGACCGGCCCAAUCAGCUUUAUCUCAUGCAGCCUUCGGACCUGGCAGUGGACCCAUCUGGUUGGAUGAUGUCUAUUGUUCUGGAAAUGAGCCAUCUAUAUCAGACUGCAAACAUUUAGGGUUUGGAGUCCACAACUGUGGUCACCAUGAAGAUGCCAGUGUUAUUUGUGAAGGUCUACCAGGUAGCAACAGCACAGCAUGGCCGCCUUUUCCACCCGUGAACAGCACAAAUAUUCCAACAGUCUCCACAGCAACUUUGCCAACCCUUCGACCGCCUCUCAAUAUAACCACACCACCUGGUAACAACACAGGAGUUGAGGGAGAAGUGCGCCUGGCCAAUGGGGGAAACAGCUCCUGUUCUGGCAGAGUGGAGAUCUUCCACUUUGGACAGUGGGGGACAGUGUGUGAUGAUCUCUGGGACCUGCUCGAUGCUGAGGUGGUGUGUAGACAGCUGGGCUGUGGCAGAGUCCUCUCAGCACCAACACAGGCACGCUUUGGACAAGGAAGUGGACCUAUCUGGUAUGAUAAUGUCAUGUGCACAGGCAGUGAAACAAAGCUGUCUGAAUGCCGGCACCAAGGGAUUGGAUCUCACGACUGUGGCCACAUGGAGGAUGCUGGGGUUGUCUGUGAAGUGUGUUUUUGCCCACCCUCUCAUCUGGCUGUCUUUCUCUUCCUGUCAGCUGCUUCACCAGUGAGACUUGUCAACUCUGGAAACCGCUGCUCAGGCAGAGUGGAGAUCUUCCAUGCUGGACAGUGGGGGACAGUGUGUGAUGAUCACUGGGAGCUGGACAAUGCCGAUGUGGUGUGCAGACAGCUGGACUGCGGACCGGCCCAAUCAGCUUUAUCUCAUGCAGCCUUCGGACCUGGCAGUGGACCCAUCUGGUUGGAUGAUGUCUAUUGUUCUGGAAAUGAGCCAUCUAUAUCAGACUGCAAACAUUUAGGGUUUGGAGUCCACAACUGUGGUCAUUAUGAAGAUGCCAGUGUGAUAUGUGAACAUAAGGGUAUUUUCAUGCUUUAA